GUUGGUGAAGAUUGAGAAUUGUGCCAUAUGCCAUUGCCACCCAUCACUCACUGCACCCACACCCAAUUCUUCUCUUCUUCCUAUAAAUUUCUCGCCAUUUCCCUCCUCCUAGAUCUGAAUCUCGCUCUCUCAUAACUCCUUUCCCCUCUCUCUAUACCUUCACUUGCAUCCAUGGCGUACGAGAGGAUCCUCUUGGGUAUGGGCAACCCUCUUCUCGACAUCUCAGCCGUCGUCGACGAUGAUUUCCUGCACAGAUACGACAUCAAGCUGAACAAUGCUAUCCUCGCCGAGGAUAAACAUCUUCCAAUGUAUGAUGAAUUGGCAAAAAAGCCUAAUGUGGAGUACAUUGCUGGAGGUGCUACACAAAACUCAAUUAAAGUGGCUCAGUGGAUGCUUCAACAUCCCGGAGCAACAAGCUAUAUGGGUUGCAUUGGAAAAGACAAGUUCGGGGAGGAGAUGAAGAAAAACUCAAAAAGUGCUGGUGUUAAUGUUCAAUAUUAUGAGGUUGAAUCUACACCAACAGGAACCUGUGCUGUUUGUGUGGUGGGUGGUGAAAGAUCACUUGUUGCCAACUUGUCAGCUGCAAAUUGCUACAAGUCAGACCAUUUGAAGAAACCUGAAAAUUGGGCAUUAGUUGAGAAGGCCAAGUAUUUCUACAUUGCCGGGUUUUUUCUCACUGUAUCGCCAGACUCGGUACAGCUUGUAGCUGAACAUGCAGCUGCAAAUGACAAGUGUCUCUCCAUGAACCUGUCUGCUCCAUUUAUUUGUGAGUUCUUCAAGGAUGCGCUAGAAAAAGUCUUGCCGUAUAUGGACUUCAUUUUUGGUAAUGAAACUGAAGCAAGGACGUUCUCAAAAGUUCAGGGCUGGGAGACCGAUAACGUCGAGGAGAUAGCCCUAAGGAUUUCACAGUGGCCUAAAGUAUCAGAAAAACGCAAGAGGAUUGCCAUUAUUACUCAAGGUCCAGACCCAGUUGUAGUUGCUGAGGAUGGAAAAGUGAAGAAGUUCCCAGUAAUUUUGUUGCCAAAAGAGAAACUUGUUGACACAAAUGGAGCUGGAGACGCAUUCGUCGGAGGAUUUCUAUCCCAGUUGGUUCAAGGAAAACCCAUGGAAGACUGUGUGAGAGCUGGCUGUUAUGCAUCAAACGUUAUAAUCCAAAGGUCUGGCUGCACAUUCCCUGAGAAGCCCGAUUUCAAAUGAGCAUGUUCUUCUUUCAAGACCUCUCAGCCUCUCUAGCCUACUACUACCAAUCACUUUAUCUUUAUAAUUCUCAAAACCGACAUUCUCGCUUCUGCUUCGUCUGCCACGCUCGUACGGACGACCAGUGGCUGUCCACUAUAUCCCCUGUUACCCAGUUACUAUAAGAAAUGAGAUUUUGAUUUAUAGAGCACCUUACUUUUAAGUAUAUUGUCCUUACCUUAUAGCAAGAAUUGUUCCUCUUUUUUUCUUCUUUCCCAUGAAUUUUCUUGGAUUUCCAUGCCAUGUGGUGGCAAUUGGCAUUAGAAAACAAGCAAUGGGGCAGCAAAUUGAGGUCCUCUGCAAAAGCUAGAGCAGGUUUUGGACCCCAUGGCUGCCUCUGAGAGACCCACAGCUCACAUGCUUUUGCUCUGUUCUUAAUAAUUAAUGAUGUGAUGUUCUUAUCAUUCCGACAUUUUUGGAGUUUCUUACAUUUUCUUUGCCUUAUCUAAA